GCACGGACUAUGGCGCGGUGCUUCUCUGCGACGCGCGCUAUGCCUCGGGGUCCAGGCUCUCGAACCAGGCUUCGGGGCUGUCGUCCUGGCUUCGUCCACAGGUGGCCGUGAUGUCUCUCGAGGAGGCCGUGAAGGCCUGUCAACGUUUCUUCGGCUACGCUCCGAACCUUGGGGACAGGAAGGGGGUGCCAGUGGCGGAGAACACACCAAGUCAGACCUCGAACGGCGAAGGCCCACCGGAGCUGGAUAAGAAGCCCCUCAUCAAAAGCCAGAGCGCCCGGAGCAUCGUGCGCGCGCUUUUGAGCGGCAAGGCGGUGGAAGGUCCAAGCAGCGUCCAAUCACGGCAACCCCCUGCGACACCUCAGGCUUCCUCUGUCCAGGGCCGGCUGCUACCCCCAAGCUCUCGGCCACGGGCACCAGCGAACCAACCUGCAACUCUCACUGCCUUCCGCCGACCCGGGGACGAUCGCAUUGAGGAGAUGCAGUGGCAGCAGGACGCCGCAGCGCUGCUGCCGCGGAUGGACAUGGACAUCGUCCGGAAGCAGCUGCCAAUCGUGCGGAAGGAAUCUCAAGAGGCUGUGAUGGGUAGUAGCGAGUCGAUGGAACGAGCGCUUGAGGCAUUCAAGCGCAUUGCAAGCUGCUUGUUGCCUGUGAUGUGCUUCGACACGGCGCGUGAGGAGGGUAUCCGUGAGCGCCUCGUGCGC